AUGGCACCCUUAGAAAAGUCGCCAUUUCCCCCAGACAGCGGUUUCGACUUCGUUGGCAUCAAAAGCCUACAUGAUGACAUCUACCCAGCCAUUGACGUCUCCAAAACCGCAAACCUUCAGCAACCCGGAAAAGUCGUGUUAAUCACCGGAGCAGGCCGCGGUAUUGGGCGAUCCAUGGCCAUUCAAUAUGCUCGCGCAAAUGUUGCUACCAUCAUUAUCUGUGCAAGAACGACGUCUGAGUUAGACGAAGUCGAAUCUGCCGUUCAGAAAGCCAACGCCAGUGUGCGUGUUAGGAAGGAGGCACUCAGUGUGACAGACGGAGCCGCAGUGAAAGAUCUAGCAAGAAGAGUAGGAGAAGAGGAAGGAUGUCUCGACAUUCUGAUCAACAAUGCCGGUCUCUCACGCCCCUGGGAGCCCAUCGGCGACACCGAUCCAGAAGACUACUGGCAAGUCCUCGAAGUCAACCUCAAAGGCCCAUUGCUGCUUCUUCACGCAUUCCUACCUCUGUUGGUCAAAACCGCCGAGACGCACAACUCGCACGUCAAUGUCAUCAACGUCACUUCGAUCGGCGCCGUCACAGUCGUGCCGGGCGGCAGCUCAUACGCGCUUGCGAAGCUAGCGCUGCAGCGAAUGAGCGAGUUUGUCGGAUUGGAGUAUGGGGGAAAGGGGGUUAACGUUGUGGGUAUGCAUCCUGGUGCUGUGGUGACGAAGCUGGCGAACGAAAUCAAGGAGAUCAAAGAUUAUUUGACCGAUACACCAGAGCUGUGUGGUGGGUUUGUUGUGUGGUUGAGUAGUCAAGAGAGAGGCUGGUUGAAUGGGAGGUACGUGAGUGCCACGUGGGAUGUUGAUGCUUUGGAGGGGAUGAAGGAGGAUAUUGUGGAAUGUGACAAGCUGAAGGUGAAGUUGAUCGUCUAA